GGGGCGGGGGCAGGAUGGUGUUCGAGUCGCUGGUCGUGGACGUUCUCAACCGCUUCCUGGGCGACUAUGUGGUGAACCUGGACAGCUCCCAGCUCAGCCUGGGCAUCUGGGGAGGAGCUGUAGCACUUAAGAAUCUUGAAAUAAAAGAAAAUGCACUGAGUCAGCUGGAUGUACCAUUUAAAGUAAAAGCAGGGCAUAUUGGUCAACUUAAUCUACAAAUCCCAUGGAAAAACCUUUAUACUCAACCAGUAGAGGCUGUUUUAGAUGGAGUUUUUUUGCUGAUAGUGCCUACAGCUAGCAUAAAGUAUGAUGCUGAAAAGGAAGAUAGACAGCUCCUAGAAGCAAAGCAAAGGGAACUACAAAGAAUAGAGGAUGCAAAACAGAAAAUAGCUGACAAAGAUAAAGAAAAAGAAGAAAAACAAGAUACCUUUGUAGAAAAAUUAGUCACUCAGGUCAUCAAAAAUCUUCAGGUGAAAAUUUCCAACAUUCAUGUUCGAUAUGAAGAUGAUAUCACAAAUCGAGAGAUCCCCCUGUCAUUUGGGGUCUCACUUCAGAAUCUCAGUUUGCAGACCUCAGAUCAAAAUUGGAAUCCAUGUUUACAUGAUGAAGCUACCAAGUUGUUCUAUAAGCUUGUACGUCUGGAUAACCUUUUUGCUUACUGGAAUGUGAAGUCUAAGAUGUUCUACCAUGGAGGUUACGAUGAAUCUUUAAAUAAUUUAAAGCAUGGAGUUGCCUGCCGUAAUGUGAUGCCAAAAGGUUAUGAUUUUGUAUUCCGUCCAAUUUCUGCUAAAGCCAAACUCCGUAUGAAUCCUCGAUCUGAUUUUGACUUUUCUUCACCAAAAAUGGACUUGGAUGUAAAUUUACAGGAUAUAGCCAUUGAAUUCAAUAAACCCCAGUACUUCAGUGUAAUGGAGCUCCUUGAGUCUAUUGAUAUGAUGACCCGAAAUCUGCCAUAUAGGAAAUACAGACCUGAUGUUCUUCUGCACAAUAAUGCCAAGAUAUGGUGGAAAUACAUUAUUAAUGGUAUUCUUGAAGUGAAUGUUCGACCCAAACUUAAUAUGUGGUCAUGGGAACACAUUCGACACCAUAGGAAACAAGUGAAGAACUACAAAGAAAUGUAUAAAAUGAAGAUAACAUCAAAGAAACCCAGUGAAGAGAUUGUAAAAUUGUUGGAGGAAUUUGAAAAGACUCUGGAUAUAUUUAACAUCACUCUAGCAAGACAACAGGCAGAAGUUGAGGUAACUAAAGCUGGAUUAAAGAUUUACAGACCAGGCGUAAAACAAGAUGAUGAAAAUUCUGGCGGUUGGUUCAGUUGGAUAUGGGGUUGGGCAGGAGAAAGAAAUGAUGAGACGAAACAAGAAAUAAAGGGUGCAAGUCUUGAAGAAUUGAUGACACUUGAAGAAAAAGCUAAACUCUAUGCAGCCAUUGGGUAUAGUGAAACAACUGUUGAUCCAACAUUGCCAAAAACAUAUGAAGCCAUGAAACUUUCUGUAAAGCUGUUAAGCAUGUCCAUAUCAAUAAGGGAAAACAAGGAGAAACCGGAGUUGAUUAAAUUUGCAGUAAUUGACUUGAGCACAUUGUUAACGCAGCGACCAGGUGCAAAAGCAAUAAGAUUUGAAACAAAAAUAAGCAUGUUUGAAGUUACAGGCAUGUCUCAAGCAAAAUACAUACCUUGUUUACUAUCUUCUCGAACAAUCCAUUCGGAAAACAAUACAUCACUCUUGAGCAUAAUGUUUGAAACCAAUCCUUUAGAUGAGAAAGCCGAUCAGAAACUCAGAAUAGAAUCACAGCCAUUGGAAAUAAUAUAUGAUGCUAGAACUGUGAAUUGUUUAGUGGAUUUCUUCAGGCCUCCGAAAGAUGUACAUUUAGAGCAACUGACCUCAGCAACUUUGUUGAAGCUUGAAGAAUUUCGUGAGAAGACAUCAACAGGAUUAUUAUAUAUUAUUGAAACACAGAAAGUUCUUGAUCUAAAAAUUAAUUUAAUGGCAUCAUACAUCCUUGUUCCCCAAAAUGGAUUUUAUGAGUCUAAGUCCAGUUUACUUCUUCUGGAUCUUGGUAACCUACAGAUGACGAGUAAAAGUCGUUCUGAUGUGUCAGAACUCAAAGUAGGUCAAACCACCAUUGAAGAUAUCAUGUCAAAAGCUUAUGAUAGCUUUGAUAUUCAACUCAGCAGUAUACAGCUACUUUACUGCAAACAUCAAGAAAAUUGGAAGGAGGCUCGUAAGCUAAAAUAUUCAUCACACCAUAUCUUACAGCCUUUGGAUGUGAAAGUGGAAUUUAGCAGGGCAAUGGUUGUCACUGAUGCAAGAAUGCCCAAAUUCAAAAUCUUUGGAGAACUGCCUUUGCUCUCUGUUCAAAUCUCUGACCAAAAGCUGAUGGGUAUCUUGGAGCUAAUUGACAGCAUUCCUAAACCAGAAAGUGAUCCUGCUACUAUGUCUGCUCCCAAACCAGCUCAGAUUUCAGUAACUCCUCUGAUUUUAACACCACAAGUGUCUCAAAAUGUACUUCCUCUUUUGGAACUUCACUCGUUAACUGAGUCAGAUUUAGAAUCAGAAGAAGAAUUUUAUGAUGCCCCAACAAGUCCUGUGGAGGAGAUGCCAUUUUUUGAAGCCUCUUCUGGCUCUCUGACCAGAGUUCACAGUGUGAGAAGAAGGAGGUUACAGAAGCAAGAAUCUUUGAAGAAUAUGACAGAAUUCCAGCUAAGAUUUGAAAUAUCUGAGGUCUUAAUUCAGUUGUGUCGACUUGCUGAUGGUACUGAAAAGCCUGUGCUACAGCUAAAAGUUUUAGGAUUAGGCACCGAACUUAAACUAAGAACAUUUGAUAUGGCUGCAAAUGCUUUUCUUAGAGAAGUCUGUCUGCUGUGUCCAGAGUAUAUGGAUAAAGACAAACCUGUUUACAUCAUUACAACACUGGAUAACACAGAGGAUGAUCUUCUUACCCUAGAAUAUGUAAAGGCUGAUAUUAAUGGACCGGAAUUGAAAACUGCUUACAAGAAUGUUCUGCAGCUGUUAAAGGUGAAUUUCUCCUCUCUAGAUGUUCAUUUGCAUAAUGAAGCACUUCUAAAUGCCAUGAAUUACCUAAAUAAUUUUCUACCAAAACAAGAGACUAAAAUAGCAGAAGAAUUAGUCCAGGAAAAAGAGGAGAAAAAGGAUGUCCUUAAGAAAUUAACCUCAAAAAAAUCUAAGUAUGAGGAUGUCGUGGAUCUUCAUGUCUGUGCAGAUUUAUCCUGUUUACGUGUUUUUAUUAGAGAACAAAAACGCAGAAUAUCUGAAAUACACAUAGAAGGUCUGGAUUGCCAAGUGAUCAAGAGGAAAGCAGCAACUGAAGUGUGUGCAAAAUUAAAGAACAUAAUUGUUAUAGAUUCUGAUGAGAUGGCAUUAUAUAAAAAGGCUCUUUAUAUCACAGGAAAAGAAGUCUUCAGUUUUAAAAUGGUGUCAUAUGUGGAUGCUACAGAUGGUGCUGCCUAUACAAAUAUGAAUAUUGUGGACAGCCAAGUUUACUUAAUUGUUGGUUGCAUUCAAGUAGUUUUUGUCAACAAGUUUGUAUCAACUAUUUUGGCUUUUGUAAAUAACUUCCAAGCUGCUAAGGAAGCUAUUACUGAGGCAACUGUUCAAGCAGCAGAAAAAGCAGCUACCGGUGUAAAAGAAUUGGCACAACGGAGUUCCCGAAUGGCACUGGAUAUUAACAUUAAAGCACCUGUAAUCAUAGUGCCACAGUCAGCAGACUCGGCUAAUGUCUUGGUUGCUGAUUUCGGUCUAAUUACUGUAAAGAAUGAGUUCUGUAUUAAAACAAAGGCACGAUGUAACAUUCCACCUGUUAUUGACUGUAUGACAGUGAAGCUGAGUGAACUGAAACUGUACAGAACACAUUUUGAGAGAGGUUCAUUACAAAGUGAAAUACAGCUGUUACAGCCACUAAAUUUGGAAGUUAGUAUUGAACGAAAUUUAGCUGCUGCCUGGUAUAGUGAAGUGCCUGAUAUUAAAAUACUUGGACGUCUUAAGCCUAUGAAUCUCAUUCUCAGUCAGGAAGACUUAACUACUUUAUUGAGGACUCUGAAUGAAAAUUUAGGGGACAGUUCUGGUGCUCCACCUCCUUUACCAGAACUGAAAGAUACCAGUAGCAACUGCAGCGAUGCCCGCAGUACUUCCCAGCAUUCUGCCGGAGUAACUAUGGUGACAACUGCUGUGGUGGAAUUGCAUUCACCUGUUAAAGUUAAGACAACACUGAAACUGGAUUUCCAAUUCGACUCGCUCACUUUGGUAUUGUACAGUCCAAAUUCUAAACAGGUUCCUGCUUUGGAUCAAAGAGAUGAUCUUUUGAAACUUGCUGAAUUUAAAUUGGUGUCGAUAUCAGCUGCUGUCAAAAUGUUGUCAGAUGGCUCAAUGAAUGCCUCAGUCAAGUUAGCAAACUGCACGUUAGAUGAUAAACGAUUGACCUCCCAGAAGACAACUCCAAGAAUGGUGGAAAUGAAACAUGGAUUUGAAAAGAAAUUCAUGGUGGAUAUAAGCUAUAAGCGGGGAAGAGAUGGCACCGUCCUGGACACAGUUGUUCAAGAGAUUUAUCUCUGCGCGAGCAUGGAAUUUCUCCUUACUGUUGCAGAUAUAUUCUUAAAGGCUAGUGCAGAAAGUGCUGCUGCACAGAGGAACAUCAAGCAAACGUUAGUUGUAAAGGAGCAAGCAUCUGUGCAGCCAGUAUCUUCAAUGGAAAUGAACAUUGUUGUUAAAAAUCCAGAGAUAGUAUUUGUGGCUGAUUUAACAAGAAGUGAUGCUCCUGCAUUGGUGAUGACAACACAGUGUGAGAUCUUCAUUAAGAACAGUUCUCAAAUUAAUAAAAUGACAGCUGCUGUUAAAGAUAUACAAAUGAAAGCCUGUCCCUUUGCUGCAGAAAAGAGAAAAGGGAAUGUCACUACAGUAUUACAGCCUUGUGAUAUCUUCUUUGAAAUGGUGCAGUCAGGUACUAAUCCACAAAUGGCUAGCCUAUCCAUUAAAUCCUUAACAAUAAAGGUUUCACCAGUUAUCAUCAAUACUGUGAUCACAAUAACAUCGGCACUAUCUCCAACUACAGAGGCUGCAGAACAAGAGAUUAGUCCAAUUCCUCCAGACCUAUGGGACAAGAAAGAUAUAAAAAAAUUAAAAAUGUGGUUUCUUGAAAAAUCAAAUGAAAAUGAAAAUAAAAAUAUAGCAACUGAGUUAGUUCUGAAAGGAGAGACAUUAAAUAUGAUAAUUGAAUCAGUCAUUGUAACUCUUGAAGCUGGCGUUGGACACAGAACAGUACCUAUGCUUUUAGCAAAGUCGUCAUUUUCCGGAGAAGUAAAAAAUUGGAGUACACUCAUCAACCUCCAUUCCCAGCUUGAACUGGAGGUACAUUACUAUAAUGAGAUGUUUGGUGUGUGGGAACCUUUGCUUGAGCCACUAGAAAUUGAAAAGAGUGAUGAAUUCAAGCCAUGGACUCUUGGAAUCAAGAUGAAAAAGAAGGCUAAAAAAGUACUGGAUUCAGAUGCUGAAGAACACUACAAAGUGCCAGAGUAUAAAACAGUAAUAAACAUCUCCUCAAAAGACCAACUGAAUAUUACACUAUCCAAAUGUGGACUGCAAAUGUUGAGUAACCUGGGCAUGGCAUUUGCUGAAGCAGCUAGCAAAACUGCAGACGUUUUCAAAAAAGAUCAAGCACCAUUUGUAAUAAUGAAUUGCUUGGGACUUCCCAUCACUGUCUCACCCAGUGAUUCCUUUCAUGUCCUGAAUGUUGAGUCUGGAGCAAAAACAUUUCAUUUAAAAGAUGGAGAAAGUCUACAUAUGGAUUUUUUGAGAACUAAAAGUGAGAGUGACCAGUUCACAGCAAUGACCACGCUAAGCAGCAAAAUGUUUUACAUUCAGCUCAGUCCUCAGAAACAUUCCACUGCUGACAAGAUUCCAUUGACAAAAGUGGGUCGAUGUCUUUACAGAGUAAGACAUGAGGAGUCGGGUGUUGAAAGAUCCAUUGUUUGUCAAAUUGAUACAGUUGAGGGGACUAAGAUGAUAACUGUACGUUCUCCUGUACAGAUAAAGAAUCAUUUCUCAGUUCCACUGAGUCUUUUUGAAAACGGAACAUGUCUAGGAACUGCUUCACCAAUAAACGAAUUUAACAUACCACUGACCUCUUACAGAUCAGCACUUUGUUUGCAACCAGUAACUGAUGAAAAUGGAAUUGGUGGAGAAUAUGAGAUGUGUGAAGGAAUUAGCUUUGAUGAAAUUAUGAAAAAUUUUGGCAAGUUAAUACAGAGGAAAUGUCAGUCAGUGAAAUCAUCUAAUCAUUCACUUAUUAUUAAUGUUGUGCCACUAAAAGAUACCUUGAUAUCCUCAGUAUGUGCAGACGAUAGAUGGGAUUUGCCAUAUGUUAUUCAUUUAUGGCCCUCACUCCUUCUUCGCAAUCUUCUUCCUUAUCCAAUUACUUACUCUCUAGAGGGAAGUGUGAACAAAUGGGAUACUCUAGAGGAUGGAUGUUCCGCUCAGAUUCAUAAUGCAGUAUUGGAUCAAACCAAGCUGGAAUUACAGUUACUUAAUUAUCUUGAUCAAAAUUGGAAAAGCGAGUACCAUAUAAGAACUAAUCAGCAAGAAAUUGGCUUUAUCACAUUCUCUUCCAACACUGAACUGGAUAAGACAGAGUUAGAUAUUGCUGUUCAUGUAACCUACACAACUGGACAAAUGAUCAUAGCAAUUCACAGUCCAUAUUGGAUGGUAAAUAAAACUGGACGAAUGCUGCAAUACAAAGCUGAUGGCAUUCAUCGGAAGCAUCCUCCUGACUACAAAAAGCCACUUCUUUUUUCUUUCCAGCCUAAAAAUUUCUUCCAAAAUAACAAGGUGCAGCUUAUGGUAACUGACAGUGAACUGUCUGAUCCGUUUUCUCUUGAUACUGUUGGCAGUCAUGGUUCUGUUAAAUGUAAGAGUCACAAAAAGGAGUACCAAGUUGGUGUCACCAUCAAUAACAGCAGUUUUAAUAUUACAAGAAUUGUAACUUUCACCCCCUUUUUUAUGGUAACAAACAGAAGCAAAUAUACUUUAGAAGUAGCCGAAGAAAGCAGUGAAAAAUGGAUUCCUGUCACUUUUCAGCAGAAUCUGUGGGAGAGGGAACUUGAUGGCAUGUGCAUUCCCUUUUGGCCUGAAAGGGAUUCAAAUAAAUUGCUGAUUAGAGUUGAAAACUCUGACAUUCCUCCCAAGAUGAUCUGUUUUAAGAAGCAAGAAAACUGUACAUUGCUGUAUUUGGACAAUAAGCUUGGUGGCAUUAUAGUGGAUGUUAACCUGACUGAACAUUCUACAGUGAUUACUUUAUCAGAUUAUCAUGAUGGUGCAGCUCCAUUUCUGUUAAUUAAUCAUACCAAGGAAGAGAUGAUUGAGUAUGGGCAGAGUUCUCUCAAUGUGAUGGAAGAUUCUCUUAUGCCAAAUAAAGCGGUAUUGUAUACCUGGGCUGAUCCAGUAGGCUCUAGACAGUUGAAAUGGAAAUGUGGAAAGAAAGAUGGAGAAGUAACGCAUAAAGAUGAUAUGAUGACAUCAAUUAGCCUGGAUAAUAAAAAGACAGUUUAUAUAGCUUCAUUUUUUGAAGGCUUGCAAAGAAUUAUCCUAUUCACUGAAGAUGAGAGUGUAUUUAAAGCAACAUAUGAAAGUGAAAAAGUAGAACUAGCAGAACAAGAAAUUGUUCUGUCAUUACAAGAUGUUGGAAUUUCUUUAGUCAACAAUUACACAAAGCAAGAAGUGUCCUACAUUGGAAUUACAAGUUCUGAUGUAGUUUGGGAGACAAAACCCAAGAAGAAAUCAAGAUGGAGGCCAAUGAGCAUUAAACAAACUGAAAAGUUAGAGAGAGAAUUUAAAGAAUACAGUGAGCUUUCCCCUUCAGAAAACAAGAUUGUGGAGCUGGAAACAAAUGUUUUGGUUUGCUUUACUCCUAAUGGAAGUAACAUGAAAAUCCAACAACCAAAUGAAAUUCCUAUAAGGAGAAAUUAUCUGCCAGCUUUAAAAGUAGAAUAUAGUACAUCUGCACAUCAAAAGUCCUUCAGAGUCCAAGUUUACUGGACACAGAUACAAAACCAGAUUCCCGGAGCCAUAUUUCCUUUUGUGUUUUAUCCUAUUAAACCUCCAAAGUCCAUCGCCCUGGAUUCAGCACCCAAGCCAUUUACUGAUGUCAGUAUUGUCAUGAGGACUGCAGGGCAUUCUCAAAUAUCACGUAUUAAGUAUUUUAAGGUACUGAUUCAAGAAAUGGAUCUCAAAUUGGAUCUUGGAUUUCUGUAUGCAUUGUCUGAACUCUUUAUGCAGGCUGAGAUGCCCAAAGACCAAGAGGUUGAACUUUUCAAAAAGGAUAUUGAAUCUCUCCAAAAAGAAUUGAUGAGUAUGUCAUCAACAGAUAGAUCACAAAUCAGCUUGUAUGAAUAUUUUCAUAUUUCUCCAAUCAAGUUACAUUUAAGUUUAUCACUAAGCACAGGUGGAGAAGAUAGCAACAAAGAAGAAAGACAGCAUGAAUUGAUUCCAGUUCAGUCCGUGAAUCUUUUACUGAAAAGUAUUGGUGCCACACUCACAGAUGUACAAGAUGUUGUCUUCAAAUUGGCUUUCUUUGAACUCAGCUAUCACUUCUGUACUACACAACAGCUGCAAUCAGCAGUUAUUAAACAUUAUUCCAAACAGGCCAUUAAACAAAUGUAUGUUCUUAUUCUUGGCCUUGAUGUUUUGGGCAAUCCAUUUGGAUUCAUACGAGACUUGUCAGAAGGAGUAGAAGCAUUCUUCUAUGAACCUUACCAGGGAGCCAUCCAGGGGCCAGAAGAAUUUGUAGAGGGAAUGGCUCUAGGUCUUAAAGCACUAUUAGGGGGAGCUGUAGGUGGAUUAGCUGGUGCUGCAUCAAGAAUCACUAGUGCUAUGGCUAAAGGAGUAGCAGCAAUAACUAUGGAUGAAGACUACCAGCAGAAGAGAAGGGAAGCCAUGAAUAAACAACCUACUGGCAUCAGAGAGGGCAUCACUCGUGGAGGGAAAGGCUUAGUGUCUGGUUUUGUUAGUGGCAUAACAGGAAUAGUGACAAAACCAAUAAGAGGAGCCCAGAAAGAAGGAGCAGCUGGUUUCUUCAAAGGGGUCGGGAAAGGAUUAGUGGGAGCAGUAGCAAGGCCUACUGGAGGAAUCAUAGACAUGGCAAGCAGCACGUUUCAGGGUAUUAAAAGAGCUACAGAUUCAUCUGAAGAUGUGAUGAGUCUGCGCCCACCUCGUUUCUUUUGUGAGGAUGGAGUUAUUAGACCUUACAGGUUAAGGGAUGGGACUGGAAGUCAGAUGUUACAGAAAAUUGAAAAUGGAAGAUUUGCAAAACUCAGAUAUAUUGCACAUGCCAUGGUUAAUAAUACAGAUUUGUUAAUGAUAACAAAAAGUGGUGUUUUGUUUGUGACAAAAGGAACAUUUGGACAGCUGACAUGUGAGUGGCAAUACACUUAUGAUGAGUUUACCAAAGAGCCAUUCAUUGUUGAUGGAAGAAGAUUACGCAUUGAAGCCAAGGAACGCGUUAAGUCUGUAUUCCAUGCCAAAGAGUUUGGAAAAAUAAUUAAUUUUAGGACUCCAGAAGAUGCCAAGUGGAUCCUUUCUAAACUGGAAGAAGCAAGAGAAAGUCAUCCGAAGUUGUAAUUUCUGGAGAAGCACCAAGACACCGAAAACAUGGAAUGUGCACUUUUGGCUGUUGCGUUUUAAUUGGUGUUUAACAUGUGAAAGUGAUUGCCAGCAAAAAAAGAGGAGAGUUUGUAGAAGCCUUUAUUGUAAUAGCUUCAUUCUGCCUAUAUAAUAUAUAAUCAUAAGCAAAUUUUAAUUGAGUAGUCAGUCAGUGUCAGGUUAAAUAGUCUGGUUUUUCACUUACGAAAUUAGACACUUAAAUCUAGAUAACUGAAUCCUUACAAAUACAGUACAAAAACGUAGUAGUCCUAUGUUUGAUUCUUUCAUGAUCUCUAGAAUAAUCUGUGUGAUAUUUAGAAUGGAACAUCUCUUGAGGUGGUAAUCAAACACUAAGAACUCUUGUUCUCCCAUCAGUUUUCACAUAGAUGUCAGCCACUUCAUUAUAUUGAAAUUCAAAUGAACUCAUCAGGGAUUAGGCAGACUUAAUCCUAAAUCUUGAAGAAAAUUCAGAAUGACAUUGCUGACAAAAAUGUCUAACUCAGAUAUUUUAUCUUAGAAGGGCUUUAUAUGGAUAAAUAUCAUGGAAUUAUUUUCUUUACUUUUUAAAUAAAUGAACAGUUCAUGAUAAACUUAAUAUAGUUAUAUCACUUUUAGUAUAAACUUUUUUUAUGUCACUUAAAUUUAGAAAAAGCUUCCAAGACUCAUCUCUCUCUCUCUCUCUCUCUCUCUCACUCACACGCGCUCACACACACACACGCGCGCACACACACGUACACAUAUUCAUAAGAAAGAACGGGUGUGUUUACCAAAGGAAAUGAUAAUCUGGGGAAAGGAGAAGCAGAUAAAUCUUUGGAAUAAUGUUGUGAAUAGUAUGACCAUAUUUUAACACUAUGAAUAUAGUGCAUAACUGUAUGAAUAUAUGCAUAAUGAAGCAUAUGCUGAUAUUUUGAGAGUACUGAUUAAUGCAAGAGUAUUCCUAGACUUACAUAGUAGUCCAUGCAAAGAAUAAAUUACAGAUGACGACUGAAUUAAUCAAAUCUUAUAUAAAAAUCAUGUUCAUUUUAACAUAAUUUAACAAAAGUAAUGUUGACUUAAUUACCUUUACAUAACUAAUGAAACUUUUUUUUAAAUGUUUAAUAUCAAGAUGGGAUAAUGUAAGUGGCAGUUAGACUUCAGUAAAGAAAGCCUUGCUGUGGUGUCACAUUAAGGGUUUUUUUUUUUUCAAUUUACUGUCAUGAUGUAUUAAUUGUAAUAUUUGAGGAUGGUUUAAAAAUAAUAUCUAUUGAUCAGUUGACACAAAAGGUGAAGGGGAACUGUAUAGUGAUAAAUGAAUAUAAUGCCUACUCUAGUUUUUGAAGUCUGUGGAAGGUCUGAUGCAUGUAGUAUCUGCUGCCAAAAUGUUAUUUCCAAACCACUGUUUGGAGUAUGUGCAGUUAGGGAAUUUAAUUCUCCUGAAAAUGCUGGUGCUGUUUGAGCUAUCUAAAACGUUUUCUCUAUUGUAAGAGCUAAAGUAAAUGGCUUGCCAAACUUCAGUUAAUUUCAUUUAUACCAAGUCUUCCCUGCUGUGUUUAAUCUUACAGCUGGUUACAAAAUAUAUUGCAUUAUUGUAAUUUUCCCCCACAAUAUUUUAUUCUUUGCUAUAUGGAAUGUACAUUGAAUCAAAAGAGUAUAAACAAGUUCCAAACUAUAUGAUUGUGUGUUAUUCCAGUCAUGUGUACCCUUUGUGGUACAGAAAACAUGAAAUAUACACCAAGAGUAUUUGUUACAUUCACACCAAAAUUAUAAUGAAUAUAUUGCCUUGUUUGACUGUUGGUAAUGUCUUCAGCUGAAUACCGGGUAAUACAAACUUUCUCCUCCUUUUUACUUUCUUCUACUUCUAAAUUUAUACAAUACAGCUGGAUCAACAGCCUUAUUAUGAUCUCCUUUAGAAUGCCAUUUUAUUUUUCUUCCUAUAUUUGCUAAAGAUCUGCUCCCGGAAUUUCUGCUUUUGACCUCCAUCACAACUCAUGCCUUCUUUGUGUGUACUCAUUUGUAUAAUCUUUUUUGUUCUCUUAUUUGUAAAUCAUUCCUCUCUCUUUGGAACUUUCUUUUGUUCAAUGGGUUUGCUUAUCACCACCUUUUAUUUUCUGGUGUACUCUGACACUAAAGUAAUUUUGUGUGACUCCUGUCUUCAGCCUGAUCACCUAGUAAGUUCCUAGAGGAUUCCCAUUUUUUUCCCCCAUUUUAAAUGCCCAAUUCUUAAACUAGAUCUUCAAAGACUGAAGAGCUAUCCUUAAGUGCCUAUUUUAAUAGAUUGUAGUUUUCUUCCAUUUUUAAUGCUAUAUUGCUAUAAAUUAUAAACUAUUUUGAUAUUAUAAAUCAGCAAAGAUCCUUACUUAGUCUAAAAAAUAUGGAAAAAAAGCCCAAUUCCAUCAUAUUGCAGAACUUUUGGAAAAGGCAUUUGCAGAACUCCUCCCAGCUUCCAGGAUCCUAUCUUGCCCUUAUUGUCUAGGGUUCCUCUCUUGAACAACACGCUUCAUAUGUUCCUUACAUUAUUUUUUCUUUACAGCUGCUAUUGCCGCACCCUGCUACAAGUUUUGAUUACAUUGCUACACUUCAGCCAUUCUUUAUUCAGUGGAAAAGAAUAUAUUCAUUUUAUUAAUGACUUAUAUUAAAUUUAAGACAUUGUAAUGUUUGCAUUUUGAUUUGGUCCACUGUAGUAUUAAAAUAUUAGUUAAUUAUUACUGUGAAUCUUUAUUGAAGCAUAUUGUCUCCUUUAAAUGAAUAUGAAUUUUCUUUUGAAAAAAUACCUGGUUUGUUUUCUCAGAAAAAACAUUUUAUGCUUUUGAACUAUGUUAAAAAUAGUAUUAGUACAGAUUGGGCUUCCCUGGUCCAGCACCACUGAGAUAUGACCAGUUCUGAAUGAGAAAAUUUGACAGACCAAGGGAGGUGGUCUGCCACCAGCCCCCAAAUCCAUCUCCUCCUGCUGCUGGCAGGCCCCAGUAGGCACCCUGCUUUGCCCUCCCCACCAAGCUCACUGUCCUGCUUCCCCAUCUGCUGCUGGCUCCCUGGAUGAUACAGGCUCUGUCCCUGUGCAUCGGGGGACAGCCAUGGGGCUUCAGCCCCUUGCUAUAGGAGGCUGCCAGGGGACUCUGCCUCUGUGCUGCUGUGGGACUCCAACUUCAGCCCUGGGAGCUGCCACGAUGCCCCAGACCAGGGCUCCAGGGGGCUGCCAGGAGUCUCCAGCCCCGCACUGCCAUGGGGCUUUGGCCUCAGCCUCACAUUGCCGUGGACUGCUGUAGACUAGUGUGGGGCUCCAGCUAUAGUCCUGCACUCCCCCCAGCCAGGCUGCCAGCCCUGUUGCCUCAGGCCAGCCUGGCCCUCCUGCCCUUCAGGCUCGUGGGCGCUCUGGUCCAGGAGUGCCAAUUUUCAGAGGUACAACCUGUAAUAGCUAUUGGAAAACCAAAACAUGAAGUAAGAACGACUAGUUUUAAAUAAUAGUGACUAAGCCCUAUAAAACAGUGGGAUAUUCUAGUAAUAAAAAUACAAGACAGAUGAUGAAAAAUAAGUCAAAAGAUGUAAUGUCUAUUCUACACAACUAAAGUUUUGCAUACAAUUAAGGGCCCCAUAAAGGUUUUUUCCAGGCCUUAAGGUUUAACAAAAAGUAAAGAUAUUAAUAUAGCUUUGAAUAUUUUCCUCUUAAUUUAUAAAGUUUAACUAUGUGCAUUUUUUUCACUAGUCUUGUGGCUUUUGUUACCACGAUUGAGGAGAGUUUGUGUGUUACCACACAGAACCUUUAGGCUAUAAGCAACUAAAGCCAAAUUAUCUUCAAAGAGAGUUGCUUGCACCUGAGCGUGGCAUGCAGCCCUUAGCUUUAAGGUUUCCUUGAUUAAAAAAAUAGAGGUUUAUAACUGGAUUUUUUAUUUAGAACUGCGGGGUGAUUAUAAUUUGCAUUCAUAAUACAUAUCGUUUUUCUGCCUCUAAAUGAAGCAGGAUUUAGAAGUUACCAUAAGUUCUGGAAAAAGAACUUCUUAAAAAUCCUUUAUUUUCUACUAUUUUUAUAAAAAAUAAUAGUAGUAGUUUAUGUAUCUUUGUAACCUUCAUAAAAUACACACAUAUAUUAGUGUUGGUUAGCAGUUCAAAAAUGUUUAUUUUCAUAUCUGAGCAGCCCUUUGUGGUUCUGUUUGGUUUUUGUUUCUCAUGUGUCUAUGAAAAUAGUAAAUGUAAAGGUUACACUCUGGUCUAUCCAAGUUCUUGAGCUUGCAGUUUUCCUAAGAAAUUAGUCUGCUAAUGUCAAAUGAUGAUUUUUAUAAAUACAGCGUUCACAUAUCUUUGUAAGAAUGCUAAAUCUUGUAUAGCUUGUAAUAUGACAAUAUAAUCACACAAUGCAAAUAUUUAUGCCUGGCUAUAGAUGAAUAUGUUUAUUAAAAUUUUUAAAAAACUUGUAUGCAUGUUUCUUCACAUAGUGUUACUUUACAGGAAAAAGUAGUACAUUCUUUCUAAAAAAACUAGAAUGUUUCUUCUCUUUCUUGUUGCUUUGCAUUUGAUCUCCAAAAAGUUAUACAUUUUUCAUUAAUUAUUGAUUUACAUAUGUAAUGAUUCCACCGUGCCACAAAGAAGAGUGGUUCUGCUGUAUUGUAUUUUCAGUAAGCAACCAAUCACUGCAUAAUUAAACAUGCUUUCCAGCAAUAGAUUACAUUUUCCUAAUUUCUCAACUGUUGUUUAAUUUUUACUGAAGUUUGACUUUCCUAUUAACCAAGACAGUUCAGUUCUAUAAGAAUAUACCUGAUGUCUCAUCUAUUAAGUAAACUACUGAAAAAAAUCUAUCUCUGGGAGAUCAACUGAAUGCAGCAAUUCACCAUUUUCAUUUUUAAACAUCUGUGAUUUUGGGGGGGAAAUAGGGAGACCUUCUUUGUACUUUACCUCACGUGUUGUCAGCAUUUAUCUUUGAGGCUAUUUUUGAGGCCCCUUAGGGACCAGCCUAGAAGCACCCAUAGAGGGGCAGUGCUCACGCCUCUUAGCCAUAGCCUUUCCUCUAGCUACUUGAGGUGGCACCACCCCAGUGUCCCUCAGCACCUUCUUAUCUCUCCCCCAUGCCUAGAGUUGGAGAUCUGCAUGGUCUUUACGAGGGAUGUAAUAGUGUAGUCCAUUAACCAAUAAGCAAAAGUUUAUAGGUUAAUGCAAUAGACGACACACAUUUCCCUCAACCCCCUCCCUCCGCCAAUCAAUUUUCUAGCAGGCUACCCAGCCCAACUCAUCCCUAGCUUGCACUGGGUCUGGGAUCUACCCCUGCUGUGGCUCUGCAUUUAAAGCUCAGUUCCAGCUAGUGCUAGGUCCAGGAGCUGAGACCCUCCUGCCUCCUCCCCCGCCCCCAACAGGGGUUGCUACUGCAGACCAGCUCCUGCCUGGCACCCUUCACUGCUACCUCUGAUACAGUGGCUUGCCCACAAGCUUAGAGUCUGUCUAAUUGCCAUAUUUGGAUCGGAAAGGAAUUAUCCCCCAGGUUAGACUGGAUAGAGAUUGUUGGGGGAGGAGAGGUGGGUUUGCCUUCCUCUGCAGCAUGGGUCAUGUUUAAGCUAGUGUAAAUGGUGAAAUCUCUCUAUCUUAAAGUCUUUAACCAUAAUUUGAGAAUUUCAGUGACUCAGCCAGAGAUUGGACUCUUUGAGGUCUGGGUGAGGUUAUCCGAUGGCUAUGCUUCUUGCAGGAGAAAACAACAUAGUUGCUGAUAAUCUGAGUAGAGACCUCCCAGAUUUGUGAAUGGUUCCCUGAAUGAUCAAUUGACUCAGACCAUAUUCUCCAGUUGGAGUUGAUGAGAUGCAGAUCUGUUCAAAUAGGGUCAAUAAA